CCGCCAUUUUACCGCUCCCUCCUCCCCCGGUGCGGCUGGAUUGAAUGAGCCCGCUGCCUGCGAAUUGAGCGCCAUGUCAGGCACCCCGAGCCGUGGCACCCCCGGCGGGACCCCGCUGUCGCCGACUCGCAUCUCCCGCAUGCAGGAGAAGGAGGAGCUGCGGCAGCUCAAUGACCGCCUGGCCGUUUAUAUCGACCGUGUGCGCGCGCUGGAGCUGGAGAAUGACCGGCUGCUGCUGAAGAUCUCCGAGAAGGAGGAGGUCACCACCCGGGAGGUGAGUGGAAUCAAGAGUCUCUAUGAGUCUGAACUGGCUGAUGCUCGAAGAGUUCUGGAUGAAACAGCCAAAGAGAGGGCAAGAUUACAGAUUGAAAUAGGGAAACUGAGAGCAGAACUUGAGGAGUUCAAUAAAAGCUACAAGAAGAAAGAUGCAGAUUUGUCUGUGGCUCAGGGUCGCAUUAAGGAUCUUGAAGUGCUGUUCCACAGAAGUGAGGCAGAGCUCAGUACUGUCCUGAAUGAGAAACGCAGUCUGGAAGCAGAGGUGGCUGAUCUGCGUGCCCAACUGGCUAAGGCUGAAGAUGGCCAUGCUGUGGCUAAGAAGCAGUUGGAGAAAGAGACACUCAUGCGUGUGGACCUGGAGAAUCGGUGCCAGAGCUUGCAAGAGGAUCUGGAUUUCAGGAAGAAUGUGUUUGAGGAGGAAAUAAGAGAAACGAGAAAACGACAUGAACAUCGUUUGGUUGAGGUGGACACUAGUCGCCAACAGGAGUAUGAAUCCAAAAUGACUCAGGCCCUGGAGGAUCUGCGAAAUCAACAUGAAGAACAAGUCAGACUGUACAAAAUGGAGCUUGAGCAGACCUAUCAGGCUAAGCUGGAGAAUGCCAAACUGUCCUCUGACCAAAAUGACAAAGCUGCUGGUGCAGCUCGAGAGGAGUUGAAGGAGGCUCGCAUGAGAAUAGAAGCUCUCAGCUACCAGCUUUCGGGGCUUCAGAAACAGGCUAGUGCAGCAGAGGAUCGCAUUCAUGAAUUGGAGGAAAUGAUGGCUGGUGAGCGGGAAAAGUUUAGGAAGAUGCUAGAUGCAAAGGAGAGGGAAAUGACAGAAAUGAGGGACCAGAUGCAGCAGCAGCUUACAGAGUACCAGGAACUGCUUGAUGUUAAGUUAGCACUGGAUAUGGAGAUCAGUGCUUACCGAAAACUCCUGGAAGGAGAAGAGGAAAGGUUGAAGCUCUCUCCAAGCCCCUCCUCCCAUGUUACAGUCUCUCGGGCUACCUCCAGCAGCAGCAGCACUUCACUUGUUCGCUCUUCCCGAGGCAAGAGAAAACGUAUUGAAGCAGAGGAGCUUUCAGGCAGCGGAACAAGUGGAAUUGGCACUGGAAGUAUUAGUGGCAGUAGCAGUAGCUUCCAAAUGUCCCAGCAAGCUUCAGCUACAGGAAGUAUCAGCAUAGAAGAGAUAGACCUGGAGGGCAAAUACAUUCAGCUGAAGAACAACUCGGAGAAGGAUCAGUCUUUGGGUAACUGGAGACUGAAAAGACAAAUUGGAGAUGGAGAAGAAAUUGCUUACAAAUUUACUCCUAAGUAUGUCCUCAGAGCUGGGCAGACCGUAACAAUUUGGGGUGCAGAUGCAGGAGUAGCUCAUAGCCCCCCUUCUGUUCUUGUGUGGAAGAAUCAAGGCAGCUGGGGCACUGGAGGAAAUAUCCGCACAUAUCUCGUAAACUCUGAAGGAGAGGAAGUUGCAGUGAGAAGCGUUACUAAAUCAGUAGUCGUGCGGGAGAAUGAAGAGGAAGAGGAUGAAGCAGAGUUUGGAGAGGAAGACCUUUUCAACCAACAGUUAAGUACUGUGAAAUAACUGACCAGCAGCUGGCAGAGAGAAAAGGAGAAAGAUACUUCAUACAGCUGAUACCAGAAAACAUUUUAAACUUAUUUCAAACUCAAGCAAUUUGUUCUCCUGAUCAGUGGCCAUUAGUAGCUCUCUUCACAAAUAACUCGUUCUGGGUAAGUUUGAAGUUGAGUUCUGAAAGCUUUUUUUGGUCUCCAGGAGACUGAGCAGUGUAUUUGUAGUAUAAAGCAACUGAAACAGAAACUCUUGGGUUUUUACCCUAAGAAGCAGCUAUGCAGCAUAGCGCGCUCUCAAACGGAAGCAUCGUUUGAAAUAAAGGAAGAAAAUUCUUGUUCUAAAGCUAAUGACAUAAUGAUUUUCAUUUGUCAUCUGUAUCGGUGCCGGAAGUACGGAGAUUAACCAGUCAGCCCAUCGUAGAAAGCCACAACCAGAGUAGCAGUGCCUUAAUCCUGGCAGUAGACUGUGAUAUGUGCCAUGUGCCACGCUUCCUCUACAGCUGGGGUGUUCCCUGAAUGUAACUAAACAAAAAAAAAAAAGCUUUUAACUACUGAGAUGAUAACCAGAGUUUAGGCUUACAAUAAGAAAACA